GAUGAUGAUGGCAACAUUGAUGCACAGAAAGUUGGUGCUGGCCAUGUGGCAGCAAACACAAUAAGGUUCUUGAUUGCUGGUUCUCAGGCAGGUGGUUUGAUAGGAGUGUCUGGUCAAAAUAUUGAAACUUUGAGGAAUUCUUCUGGAGCUGCUAUCACAGUUCUUGCUCAACAUCAGUUGCCAUUGUGUGCAUCUGCUCAUGAGUCUGAUCGUGUAGUACAGGUAUCAGGAGACAUUCCUGCGGUCUUGAGAGCUGUGGUAGAAAUCGGCUGUCAAUUGAGGGAUAAUCCCCCUAAACAAGUAAUUUCAAUCAGUCCAACAUACAAUCUUGGCUAUUCUCGCCCAUCUCAACCAUAUGUCGAUCCAUCUUCAGCUGAUUAUGUAAAUCUGACGAUGUUAGUUCCCGAAUCAUUAGCUGGUGGGUUGAUUGGAAGGUGCGGCUCCAAUAUUUCAAGGAUCCGAGCAGAGUCUGGAGCGUCAAUUAAGGUACAUGGUGGGAAAGGUGAACAGAAACAAAGACAAGUCCAUCUGGGUGGUAAUGCACAACAGGUCGCCCUUGCUAAGCAACGUGUUGAUGAAUAUGUCUAUUCCCAGUUGAUGUUACAAGCUGGUGGUGAGCAGCUACAGGAGUCAAUGCAGCUGCAGCAGUCAGUGCACCUGCAACAGUCAAUGCAGCUGCAGCAGUCAGUGCAGUUGCAACAACAAAUACCAGACCCAUCUGCUACUCUAAUGCAAGGAUAUAGUCACGGUCAUGGACUUUAUAUGAACAGUAACCAAGAAGUUCAAAUGAUGUCAUCAUACCCACAAGUAUACACAUCGAGCACCCCUCAAGCUCCUUCUUACUAUGGUCAGUCUUAUCCAGCUCCACAAAUGUAGAGGCAAAAGGGGGUCUUUUUGGUACAUCGGCUUUUGAAUCAGAUGAUUUAUAUACAAAAUGUUGACAAUUUCUUGUUGUGUCAUUAAUUUGAGUUUAUGAUGUAAUGUCGCAUUGGAGAUGGUCGCGAGUUGGCCAGGAUGUCUCUUGUUGAUCAGUUGCGACAUAGUUUGCAUGAGAUCAUUUAAUUCUGGGAUAUUGAUGGAAAAGUUAAUGCAUAAAGUUUUAUGAUCAACGGAAUCUAGCAUGCGCCUCUGGGAGCAGCAGAUCUAGUCUAGUGAAGGGAGCUUAUGGUAGCAGUUGCAGUGAAGAACAGAAACAAGGAUGUGACGUAUGCAUUGCACGUCAGUCGCGGUCACCUCUCGCUGAACUGAUUUCUAAGGAAGAACUUAAAAACAUUUCGUGCGAAUGAUAUAGAAAUGAGAUGAUCGAGAAUGGUGGCUGAGGGAGGGCUGACGGAGAAGCAGAGCUCGGAAAUAGUGGCUGUAGCAGCAAAUAGAUUGGGACCCUAGUUCAUUGGUUCAAUUACUUCUUUUGGCCCCAAGACCACCAAUUCAUAUCCCAUCCACCCCACUUGCUCCCUACCCCGUGCCAUAGAGCUUUCCCCACCCCCACCGGCCCAGCUCUGUCAUGCAUAUCAUUCCCGUAACCCUGCCCAGCAUUGCCCCCUUGUAUGUUCCCCGUUGGAUACUAGGGUGCUAAUAUUUUCAAUUCAAUUAAUUCAAGUUUUCUUGAAA